GACACUCAGCUGGCUCCCCAGGGUUAUCAGCUAAUAGCGAUCGCGGAAAAACGAAAUCGAUUCUCUAUUACCAGUCUAUGAAGCGCCCUUCAGUGAGUUAGAGGUACGCGAAGUAGGGAACGAUGGGUACGGACUGUUGGCAGCCUGGCAAGCGAGGCCUAACGGUGUCGGUGGUAGUGCUGGGAGGUGCCUGUCUCUCGGUGAUGCUGGCAUACCUCGCGUUUGGUGAUAGUACUGAUGAAUCCGGCUUACGGACGCUUCGCAUGGUGAGCAUCAUUUUUCGCCAUGGCGAACGUUCUCCGACCGACUUCUAUCCGAACGAUCCCCACCGGAACCAUCAUUGGACCGGAGGCUUGGGAGCACUGUCGGAGAAAGGAUCGCAACAGAUGUACCAUUUGGGCAAACUCCUGCGACCCCGAUACUAUCGGCUGUUGCCACCGAAUGGAUUGUAUUCCAAAGAUCAUAUGUCUAUUGUCAGCAGCUAUGCCGAGCGGUGCAUUAUGAGCGCACAGAGUUUUAUGGCUGGGUUUUUACCCCCGCUGGAGAAUACCAAUCCCCUGCCGAUACCAUGGCAACCGGCCGCCAUUAAUGUAUUGCCACGAGAUCGUGACACGCUACUGGCGCAGAAGAAAUACUGCCCGCGGUACGAAAGUUCGCUGCAGAGAUUGAUGGCCUUACCGCCAAAGGAUGUGCGAGAAAUUUAUGAAAAAAACAGUGCACUUUUCCGCACGUUAAGCCAAUCGACGGGAAAGAACAUCAGCACGGUUCAUGACGUGGAGCUGCUCUACAAUACGCUGGAGAUCGAGAAGUUGGCUGGCCUGGAGCUACCCGAUUGGACGGAGGGCAUUUUCCCGGAUAAAAUGUUACCGCUGGCUGUGCGCAGUUUAGCAUUGCUCACCGAGAUCCCGCUCAUGAAAAAAAUCAAGGGCGGUGCAAUUGUCGGCGAGCUGUUGGACAAUGCCAUCCGACGGCGCACGGGCAUUCUCAGCCCGGAACGGAACAUUUUCAUCUACUCGGGACACGACGUUACGUUGGUGAACUUAAUGCGAGCACUGGAUGUCAUCAGUCAGACUACCACGGGCAAGCCAGACUUUUCGUCCGCGAUUGUGUUUGAACUGCACCACAGCAUCACCUUCGAUGAUGAUUAUGAGGUGAAGAUCGUGUACUUUUACAAUAGCGACGACAAGUACCCGAAGGAGUUUAAAAUUCCCAGCUGCCCAAGCCCGUGUUCGCUGACGAAGUUCGAGGAGGCCAUGGAAGCGGUACGCCUGAGGAACUACGAUGAAAUGUGCACACUGGUAUGAAACUAACAUUUGAAGUGCCUUAGCUCUAAGACAAUUUAGAUAUUACCAUGUGAAUCUUCUGUUAUUCGUUGAUCUGUUAGCUAUUUUUAAAAUCUCGUUAUAUUAGAUUCCUCAUAAGGGUUGGUAGAUGCAGAUUAAUAAAGAAAAUUAUUUUCAGGAUUAUUAUUUUAACAAAAUUUUGAAUUUGUUUCCAUCUACAUAAAUGAGUUAUCGAUAGAAGAUUGAAAACAUGAUUUUUCCCCAAUUACAUUUAGGAAG